CUCCACGAUUCUCUGGACGGGCCGAAGCCUGAGGCUAUAAAUAUGAUUGACUUGCCGGACCAAUCUGGCAGUAAAAUUUUUGAAUUAAGCACGCUAAGCCAUCGGCAGGAGUGGGAGCAGGUUGCAGGAACAGGAGCUGGAACAGAACACGAAUAGAAACACGGAAUAACCAUGUUGGUCAAGGCCUUAAUGCUUGCAUUGCUAGUGGUUCUGAGCCAGGCGAAGCCUCAGCUGCUGGUCACCGCGCCAGUGAGUUAUGCAACUGGAGUGGGCGGUUCCUGGUUGGCCGCUGCUACGCCCUCUGCCUAUUAUCCGGCGUAUGCCAGCUAUCCGGCCUACGCGUCGUAUGCGUAUUCUCCGGUUUAUGGCGCAUACGCCACGUAUCCCUACUACUCCUACCUGAGGCGCUGAAGCGGAUAUAGAUUUUCAACGCAUUUCGUGAAUGCAUCUUGAAUAUCUUGAAUUUCCAGAUAUUUUAAACACAUGUAGAUUAAUUUCAUUAAAAUGUUCAAAUCUAAGAUUCGUUGUGAAUGUAUGUAACUUUAUUAACUAUAAUUAAAAAAUAAAUGUAGAAAACAAAAAUAAA